CAGGGGGGCCGGCGGAGCGGGUGGCGGCCCCUGCAGGCCGCGGCGGGGCGGGCACCCGGAGCCCCGGCAGCCCGGCGGUGUCAGUGCCACGGUGUCGGCCGCCGAGCGAGAAGGCAGAGCCUGGCCCCGUCCUCCCCGCGGCCGGGCCCCCGCAUGCAGCCCUCACCCUGGAGCGGCGGCGGCGGAUCGAGGAGCUCUCGAGGGCGUCCCGGCAGCGGCUGCUGCAGUCGCGGGACAGGAUGUUCUCCAAGUUCACCUCCAUCCUGCAGCACGCCGUGGAGGCGCUUGCACCUUCCCUUCCAUUACAAGAAGAUUUUGUUUACCACUGGAAGGCAAUCACCCAUUACUACAUAGAGACUUCAGAUGACAAAGCUCCUGUGACUGAUACCAACAUUCCUUCUCAUCUGGAGCAGAUGUUGGAUAUUCUAGUUCAAGAAGAAAAUGAGAGGGAAUCAGGUGAAACGGGGCCCUGUAUGGAGUAUUUGCUACAUCACAAGAUCCUGGAGACACUCUACACACUAGGAAAAGCUGAUUGUCCUCCAGGAAUGAAACAGCAAGUUUUGGCUUUUUAUACAAAACUGCUUGGAAGAAUACAACAACCUCUUCUUCCCCACAUAAAUGUGCAUAGGCCAGUGCAGAAAUUAAUCAGGCUGUGUGGUGAAGUUCUGGCAACACCAACAGAAAAUGAAGAAAUUCAGUUUCUCUGUAUAGUAUGUGCAAAGCUGAAACAGGAUCCAUACCUGGUCAACUUUUUCCUUGAGGUCAUUCAGGAUCCUGUUUUGCACCUUUACAGGAGGCAGAAUAAGUUAAAAGCAAUGGCUUCUAAAGAAUCACCAAACGUAAUCACAGAAGACAUGCUAAAAGGCCAAGAGUCUUUGGCAGCAGACACAGGACAGCCCAUUCCACCUGAAGAAAUACCUGGUGCUGCCGGAGCAGAGCAAAUGGAGAAGGAAGAUGACCUCCCCCAACAGACAGAUGAUCUGUCUUUCAGUCUGGAUGAACUCAAUGUCGCAUCAUCACCCGAGUCCUCCACUGUUUGUCCAAAUCAAGACUAUAAUUUAGUGAAUUCUCUACUAAAUCUCACUAAAAGUCCGGAUGGCCGGAUAGCUGUGAAGGCCUGUGAAGGGCUCAUGCUUUUGGUGAGUUUGCCAGAACCAGCAGCUGCCAAGUGCCUGACUCAAAGCACUUGUUUAUGUGAACUGUUGACAGACAGGCUGGCCACCCUCUACAAAGCCCUGCCUCAGUCACUGGAUCCCUUAGACAUUGAAACAGUGGAGGCAAUUAACUGGGGUUUGGAUUCCUAUAGCCACAAAGAAGACGCAUCUGCUUUUCCAGGGAAAAGAGCGUUGAUUUCAUUUCUUUCAUGGUUUGACUACUGUGAUCAACUCAUCAAGGAAGCACAAAAGACUGCUGCUGUUGCUAUGGCAAAAGCUGUGCGGGAACGAUUUUUUGUUGAUGUUAUGGAACCCCAGCUGAUGCAAACCUCAGAGAUUGGAAUCCUCACAUCAACUGCACUAUUGCAUCGCAUCGUUCGUCAAGUAACUUCAGAUGUCCUGCUGCAGGAAGUAGUUUAUUUUAUACUAGGAGAACACAGAGAGCCAGAAACUUCGACAGACAUCAACAGACAUCCAUUGCGACACAGGUUAAUUGAACACUGUGAUCACAUUUCUGAUGAGAUCAGCAUAAUGACUCUACGAAUGUUUGAGCACCUUUUGCAAAAACCCAAUGAGCACAUUCUUUAUAAUUUGGUUCUGAGAAAUUUAGAAGAAAGAAAUUACAUAGAAUAUAAGCCACUGUGUCAAGAAGAUAAAGAUGUGGUAGAGAAUGGACAGAUUGCAGGAGCAAUAGACCUGGAGGAAGAUCCGCUAUUUACUGAUCUGUCUCCAGAUAACACAUUGUCAGCUCAAGAGUGGCUCAGUGCUUCUCCACCUGCCAGUCCAGAACAUCCAAAAAAUGAUGGGAAGACUGAAGUUCAUAAAAUUGUAAAUAGUUUUCUCUGUCUUGUACCUGAUGAAGCCAAGUCGUCAUACCACGUGGAGGGUACAGGUUAUGAUACUUACCUCAGAGAUGCCCACAGACAAUUCCGUGAUUAUUGUGUCAUCUGCUUACGGUGGGAGUGGCCUGGAUCUCCCAGGUCUUUGGAAAAGUGCAAUUUAGAAGCAUCAUUUUUUGAAGGACACUUCUUGAAAGUCCUCUUUGAAAGAAUGGGCAGGAUUCUUGAUCAGCCCUAUGAUGUAAAUUUACAAGUUACGUCAGUGUUGUCCAAACUCUCCUUGUUUCCCCAUCCUCAUAUACACGAAUACCUUUUGGAUCCUUACGUAAACCUAGCCUCUGGCUGCAGGUCUCUCUUCUCUGUUAUUGUCAGGGUUGUUGGGGACCUCAUGGUUAGAAUCCAGCGCAUCCCAGAUUUCACUCCCAAACUUCUGCUGGUCAGAAAACGCCUGCUGGGCUUGGAGCCCGAAGGGCCCAUCAUUGACCACAUGACGUUACUAGAGGGUGUGAUCGUGCUGGAAGAAUUCUGCAAAGAGCUGGCAGCAAUUGCAUUUGUGAAGUAUCAUGCCUCAUCUACGCCGUAAGCAGCCUUGACGAGUGGCCAGGCUGUAAAACCACCCGGCCUGUUUUAGUCAGAAGGACUACCGACAACACUCAGCUAGAAGAGGUGACACCUCCUGGCAAAGCGUCUGUUGACAUUUGGCAGGACUGGAAGACGGGUUGCUUUCACCAGUCGUUGGAUUCGCCACGUUGUGAGGUAGAUGGAUUCAAAUGGACCUAGAAUGUGAUUAAAGGCAUUUUGGGAGAAACCAAUACAGAGCAUUUCUAGCCACUGUGCAAAGAUCUGCAGAAGCUGCAUGAAGAACCACAGACAUCGUACCUUGGUUAUUGUUCUGGUAUAAUGACGAUGUUCAGGGAGCUAGGUCCUUCAUGUUUUGGAGCUCACGUGCGCCAGUUCGCUUUUUGUGACCAUAUUACUUUUAAGCAGCAAAUUAAUUUUAUAACAUUUUUAUGUCCUAAUUCUUUUCUUCUCAUGUGAAAGGAAAUCACAACUAUAGCUGAAAUGAAUAUUACUAGAAAUGAAGAGAGGUUCAAAAAAUCCACUAAUUUGUAUAGAGUGGAAUAUAUUCAUGAGGGAUUUUUAUUUUUAAAUUCUGUGACUCUUAAAAACAACUCUGAGUUUGAUUCCCCAUUGGAUUACUUCAGGAGAUAUAGUAGUAUAAAGCCAAUACUAGUGAGUUAUCCCUGAUUCAGGAUCACGUCCAUAACAAAUAUAUCUGAAAUGUACAUGUUUAUAACACAUUUGUCUCUGUCUUUCCAAGCGAUUGCUCUUCAGGUCCUCUGCGUAACUAGAUUUACUUCAGUUUUUUUGCAUGUGAACUCCAGUUGCUUGGCAUUUCACCUUUACAGGGAAAUGAAUUAUAGGUCAUUAGUAGUUGUUGCUGAAACAGUAUUUUUAAUUUCUUUUUUAAUUUCUAAAUUGAUAUUUAGCUUGGAUUUAUUUAAGAAUCUUUUGUGCCUUGAAAAUUGGCAGCAUAAAUGUUCUGUCAUUUUGAGAAACGUUUUUAUUGUUUAUCUAACCCCAGCAGCAGUGCCCAGCAGAAGAUUGCCUCAUGCCAUCAGUUCAGUUGAAGCGUUGAUACCUUAUGUAGGACCAAAAUGUUUACCUGCUUUGCGUGGUGCUGGGGUACAGAAAGGUAUCUCAGUGAGUCUGUCAGUAUGAAUGCUGUCAGCCAGGGCAGUCGUUCUCAUUGCUUGCACUUUGCUGCUGUUUCUCUACAGUGAUGGCAGCGAGCCCUUCAGACAGGGCUCGCAGCUCGCUGCCACCCCUGCACUAGCAGGGCCAGGCGGCUGGGCUUUAACCUUCAAGCCACACGCAGUGAUUUGGGUGGGAGACCGGUCCUGCACCCCGCACAGGUGCAUAGUACCUCUUCACCCUCCUACGAACCUAACAGUAUAGGCAGACAAGGUAGAGUUUAGUUCCUUGUGUUUACAUUGUAUUUCUUUGUCUUUCCUAGUGUCCUUUUUGCACAGCUAAUGCCUGUUUUGGAUGUGAUUGCUUAUAUGCAAGUAUGGACUCAUUUACUCAGUCACUGGGAUUGUCCUGGAUUUGCGUGACUGUACCUAGAAUCAGGUUCUGCUCUGAAUCCAUGCCUUUGAGAUUUUUUUUUUAAAUAUGUUUAUGGAAUCUGGGUGUUGAGAGGUCAUUUAAGUUAGCAAGUUAAUUAGAAGUGUCACAGUUAACGGGCUAAAUUUAUUCUUGUCACAACAGUGAAGGUGGUCCUGCUGUAAAGGCUUCCUGUAUGGGUUCAGCUGGGGAGGAAGGCUAACACAGCAGUUCUGGAACUGGGGAAAUAUUUUGGCAGGUAAAACCACAUUCAGUGGCUCCGUAUACUGGGAUGUAUCUGUACAGUUUAUUGGAUUUAUCUGGCAAAAAAAAAGCGAAUGUAUUUUACUUCCCAGCCUUCCUUUUUCCCCCAGAUUUAGCCCUGAAAUAUUUUCAGAUCAAAGUAGCAUAGUAGGAUAAGGUUUAAAAAAUGCCACUUUUCUCAUUUUUGUUCUUUGGAAAUACACCUUGAAAGUAGCAAAUAAUUUUAGUGAUAUGUAUUGCAGUCAGCCCAUAUUAGAAGCUUCAUUAAUGUAACAUACUUGGCAUAUAAUUUAGAACAUAUGUCUACGCAGUGAUGUUUAAUACAUACGUUUGUUAUAAUUAAGGUCACAAUUCAGUGAAACAGUUAAACAUAAGGUUAAUUUCAAUAAUUUUCCUAAAUCACAGUCUCUUGCGUGGAUAAAGUUAAGCUGUUGAGCACAAAUGCUGAUGCUUCAUUGAAUUUGUCUUUAUUGUUUUUUUCUUGAGCUUAAUUACUUUUUCUUUAAAAUUGAUAUUUCAUUAUUUAUUUUUUUAAGUGUGUGUUCCAGAAUACUUCUGAUGUCCUAAUUUCAGUGGAAACUGGAAGUGAUAAUACUGCUAUGAAAGAAAGGGAGAGAAAUGUUAAGCAAAACUUGCAAGAGCUUUCCAAGCUAUAUAAUGAUUUGUAAAGCCAUGCGGGAGAUGCUUGAUCUUAAAUGAAACCAUUAACAUCACCUCUGGUAUUGUUGUUUGUACCGAUACCUGAGCUCAUUACAUAGUAAGGAAUUGUAUCAGUCAGUUUCUGCAAGGACUGCUGCAAUGUCUGUGGCAUUUUAAUGCAAAACAGUUUACCAAGCUGCAAACACAAUUCCUUAACUCUUGUACAUGGGGGGAAAAAAAAAAAAAAAAAAAAAAAGUAGAUAUAACUGUGAGUACUCUUAAAUUCAGGAUAAAAUUGUUCAGUCUUCAGCAACAUUGGAGAUGUUCUUGCAAACCAAAUCUUACUCAGCUGAUAAAUUUGUAAGACACGGAUCCAUCUUGGGAAGAAGUGAAACAAUGCUUGAAGCUGCAUUAGCCUGAACUAAUUUUGUGAGCGCCGUGUACAAACCCCUGAUUACAAUACACGAUGGCAAUGACCUUUAUUUUGUAAAAGUGAUUUAAUCUUCCUUAAGAGAUGGAACUCAUUUAAUUUUCUUUUGUGAUACUUUUCAUGCACUUUUUUUUAAGAAGAACCUUCUUAGGUUAGAAGUUAGUUCAGGUCCCUGUUUUCACAUUUCCAAUCUAUGCAUGCCAUUGAGGUGCCCAUUUUGUUUCUGUGUUUGUGUUUGUGUAUUUAUUGCCCAGAGAUGGACACCUGGGAAAAUGUAUGGCCUGAAGUUCACAACAUAUGGAGAUCCUCCACAUGUCUGUGGAAAAUGCAAGUGCUGAUCACCUUUGAAAAUAUGGCUACUAGUAUUAGAUUGAAAUGCUUGAGAGGAAAUACAACAAUAAUUUUUGAUUUCAAAAAGCAGAUGCAAACUACUUUUUAACCCUUGAUGCACGUGUGUAAAUAGACACAUUUUUAUGUUUUUUCCAUUUAAAGUAUGUAUUUGAUUUAGACUCUGAUAUAGCAAAUUUUGUAAUAAGCCAUGUGCUAAGCUCCCGUAGAACAAGUUUGUCCUUAGUUGUCUUCUCAUAUGACUGUAAUAUUCCUGGUAUUCAGAUCUUGUCUGUGUAAUGUUCUUACUAUGUAUUUGUCUGUGCAAUAUAAAAGCUGUGAUUUGACACAGCUUGAGUCUGGUUGUAUAUCACCUAUGUAUAUAUAUACAUAGAUAUAUAUAUAUGAGAACCAGAAUUCCGAGCUUGCUUACACUAUGAUUAGUGUAAAGAUCGUUGCACGUGAUUUUACAGGGCACAAGUAAUCAUGGAAUGGCUUCAUAAAUGCAUGGUAAUUUCUACCUUAACCUGCUGUGUGAAUCCACAGGUGACAUUUUAUUAUUACUUACUGUCUCAGUACUAAACCGAAGUGCUAGGUAAAAUCUAAGGAUUAUGUAGCAGACGUAGUGCUACAUGAAAAAUCCAUAUCCGAUAUGGCAUAUCCUGCAGGGUUUUCAAACUGUGGCCCUCAAUAGUUUCUGUGCCCUGUAAAAUAGUGUAACUAUAUAAAAUAAACGUUCCUUGUUUUGCCUCCUGCCUUGUUUACAUUAAACAGAGGAUAUUCAGUAAAAUUUUUCAAUUAAA